AUGGAGGGACACUACAAGGUGAUUACAGUACCGGUGGCUCUAAAGGGUAGUGGAAACUACCUGCUGUGGUCAAGGCUGGUGAAGACAGCCAUUGGGAGGCUAGGGUUGUGGAGUCACAUCACGGAUGAGGCACCAAGACCAGUGGCCAAGGAAGGAGAAGGAGGUGGAGGUGAAGGAGAUCAAGUUGCGGCCGCCGAGAAGAAAUGGAUACAAGAGGACUUGAUGGUGCUUUCAGUGCUACAAGGCUCUCUUGAAGUCCAUCUCUUAGAUGCCUACAGCUACUGUGAGACUCCUAAGCACCUAUGGGAAACACUCCUGAAGACCUUUGGGAACACAACCAAUCUGAGCCGGGUGUUUGAGCUCAAGAGAGCUAUCAACAACCUUGCGCAAGAAGAGGAGGAGUUCUCUAAACACUUGGGAAAGUACAGAUCUCUCUGGUCUGAGCUGGAGACCUUGAGGCCAAGCACCAUUGAUCAAGAGACUCUCAUGGAGAGGAGGGAACAAGAUCAAGUGUUUGGUUUGAUGCUGACUUUGAAUCCGGCCUUUGGUGAUGUUAUUAAGCACAUUCUGAGGUCUCCAAACCUUCCAUCUAUGGAGGAGGUGUGUGCACAACUCCAGAAGGAAGAAGGGACUCUCGGCUUGUUUGGGGGAAGAGGAGAUGUAGCUCUAUCCAACAAGGCUGAGGCAAUCCAAGCUAACAAAGCUGCUUACCGUGGAGAUGAAAGGAAGUUUAAGACAAGUGAAGCCGGCGCAUCAGGAGCUGGUUCAUCUGGUCAUGCGGGUGAAAGUGAAGGAAGAGCUUUAGCCUCUCACCUCCAAGGAGCCGGGAAGAACAUGGAUCAUGAGGUGAUUAGGAAGUCUGACAUUGAUGCCCUGAUCAAAGCCCUCAAAGAGUCUGGUAACCCCAUUGAACACACCCUUGGUUAUUCAUACUCUGCUCGUGUGUUAUCUAGAACUUGUGAUAGGCUGCUAGAUAAUCUUGAUAGUAUGAACAUGGGAGAUGGAAAGCAUAGGAUUUAUGCUGCUGAAAAAACACCUAGAACUAAUGAUAAGUUGCUAGAUGUUAUAGAUAAACUAAAACUGAUGAUCAAAUUGCCUAGUACUCACCUUGCUCAAAAAUACCUAUUAAAGGAGUAG